AUGUCUGUCACAGCUGGUGUCAGCGAUACCAUCAUUGCUAUUAGAGAUAAACUGAGAGGUAAAAUUGGGCAAACAAAAGUUAAAAGGUAUUGGCCAGGUAAAGCUCCUGAAUGGGCUGAUGAUGCCGAUGAAGAGGGGGAUAUUAGGAUGGCUAGGGCAGUUGCCCUGGAAAAGGCUUUUCCAACUCAGGAAGAUGCAGACGUUGUGAAGCGGGAUGAUCCCAGGCUACGUCGUCUGGCUGAGAGUAGGGUAGACAAUCGUGAAGAGAUAAGAGCUGAUCAUAGGCGUAUUCGACAGGCAGAGAUUGUUACUACAAUAGAAGAGGAAAAUAAAAGACAAGAAGGAUUAGACUUGGAGGAAGAGGAUGAAGAUGCAUUGGAGGAAAGGAGGAGGCGAAUUAGGGAGAAGUUGCUCCAGAGGCAGCAGGAAGAAGCUGCACUUCUUCCAGAAGAAGAGGAAGAGGAGGAAGAGGAAGAGGAGGAAGAAGAGUCUGAAUACGAGACCGACUCAGAGGAUGAGCUAACGGGUCCUGCAAUGGUGAAGCCUGUCUUUGUCCCAAAGUCAGAGAGAGACACCAUAGCUGAGCGUGAGAAGCUUGAAGCAGAAGAAGAAGCACUUGAGGAAUUAAUGAGAAAACGUUUGGAAGAAAGAAAAGUGGAGACAAAGCAAAUAGUGAUUGAGGAGAUCCGGAAGGAUGAAGAAAUUCAGAAGAAUAUGGAAUUGGAGGCUAAUAUUGCUGAUGUGGACACUGAUGAUGAAGUAAAUGAGGCAGAGGAAUAUGAAGCUUGGAAGGUCAGAGAGAUUGCAAGGAUUAAGAGGGAUAGGGAUGAUCGUGAGGCAAUGCUGAAGGAGAAGGAAGAGAUUGAAAAGGUUAGAAAUAUGACUGAGGAAGAGAGGAGGGAGUGGGAGAGGAGGAAUCCGAAACCUGCACCUCUGCCCAAGCAGAAGUGGAGAUUUAUGCAGAAAUACUAUCACAAAGGUGCUUUCUUUCAGUCAGAUGCAGAUGAUCAUGCUGGAACUGCUGGAUCUGAAGGCAUAUACAAGCGUGAUUUCUCUGCUCCUACUGGUGAAGAUAAGAUGGAUAAGACUAUAUUACCCAAAGUCAUGCAGGUUAAGCACUUCGGUCGUAGUGGGAGGACAAAAUGGACCCAUCUUGUCAAUGAGGACACAACUGAUUGGAACAAUCCGUAA